AAAGUCAAAAAUUUAAACAAAAUGGAAAUGGAUUCUGAAAGUACUGCUACUUCUAUAGAUGAAAAUACGGAAAACUUUUGUGAUAAUCCUACGAGAGAUACUAUAGCCGAAGGGCUUAUGGGCCUGAUAAAACCCACUGUAGAUCAGUUGGACGAACGUGUCAGAGCUACGAGGCUUUCUCAAUUAGAACUGAAACAGUGUAUCGAAUCUUUGAGCGAAGAACUAAAGAAAAUAUCGGAAGCGCAAAAACAUUCCAUCGACCUAGAAAUCUAUCUUAAGAAAUUGAUUAAUGCUAAACAAAGAGUUACAGUUUUGUCAAAUAUUUUACAGACUGCACAGGAGAGGCUAAACAAGGUACAUAUGUCCAUUGAUAAAGAAAUAGUGAAGAGAAAGAUACUUGUAAACAAUACUGUAGAGGAUCCUGAAAGUGUGCAACAAUAAGUUUUUCUAUUGUCUGUGAAGGGAAUUGUAAACAUGACAUCACUGCAAACCCCUUUAUACAAUUUAAGUGAAUUUCCACUCGUUUAUGAGCCUGCUGAAGACACACACCUGUUUCUAGAUGCUUUAGAAAAAGAUAUGGACAAUCUUCUUCAGAUUAAGCCUGUAACGAUAUGUGAAAUAGGAUGUGGUAGUGGUAUUCUCAUUACAGCACUGGCUUCAAUUUUUAAAAACACCUGUUGUUAUUUUUGCACUGAUAUCAAUCCACAAGCAUGUCUAGCUACUAAAAACACUGCUUUACUCAAUAAAGCUGACAUAGAGUGUGUACAAAUGGACUUAACUUCAUGCCUGAAAGCUCAGUGGAGAUUUGAUGUUAUAAUUUUUAAUCCACCAUAUGUAGUAACUGAAGAAAAUGAAAUUAAGGGUAAUGGUUUAAAUCGUGCCUUUGCUGGUGGAAAAAAAGGCAGAAUAAUAACAGAUAAAUUUUUAAAAAGCUUAGUAAAUAUUCUGAGUGAUAAUGGAGUGUGUUAUGUGUUGUUCUUGAAAGAUAACAUCUUAGUUGAAGUUGAGAAAAUAAUGCAACAAAAUGGGUUCUGCAGUACAGUUAUAAUGGAAAGAAAAAUACCAGGAGAACAUUUAUAUAUUUGUAAAUUUAAUAAGAAACAUUAAAAUAGUUUAUAAAA